AUGGAGAAGAAAAGAUCUAAAACAAACCUCUUGCAAAAGUUCGCCGAGAAGUUCAAGAAGAAGAAGCGCGCCAAGUCGACGUCGGCUUCCCGCGAGCGGAGCUCAGAAAUGAGCCGCCGCCCAUCUCGCCAACAUCGCUCCCCAUCAAAAGGCAAACAAACGACGCCAUCUGGAACCCCGUCGGCUUCAGCGGAAUCCAAAAGUCGCAUCGAUUUGAUGGAGGUGACGGCGAAAGGUGUCAAAGAGAAGACGAAAGAAAAACAACGGACAUCCGAUAAGAAUAAGAAGAAGAAGAAUGAGAAAGAGACCACCAUAGCCCCAUCAAAAUCUCCAUCGACUCCAGGUCUCCGUCGUGCUGACAGCCUCAUGGAAUUGUCCCAAAAUUCGAAAGUCGUUGAAAAAGCCGUGAGAACCUGGUUGGAAACUAUUGGAAAAGAGGAUUUUAUGAAGAAGACGUUGGAUAGUGAAUACAAAUCACUGGAUGCGAUAAAAGUGGAUAUGGACAAGUGUCAGGCGUUCAAAAAGAAUAUCGAUUUGUGUCAAUCGGAAAAUAUUGAAGUGCUGGAUGCGAAUCGAGUCAAAGGGAAUGGGGAAGCGGACUUUUUCUAUCAUGCCAGUGUUUUGAAUUUGGCGCCGAUCACCACCAAAACCACCAUCCUUGCUCAACUCGCCGAUUUGGACUCUCCCCAAUCUCUGGAAUCCUUCUGGCUCAUGGUGGCGGCUCAAAAAAUCCAACGAGUCUAUUUUCUAACCGGAUCCGAUUCCUCCGAUUCCGCAGAACUCGACAAAUCGGCAUUUGCCACGUAUUUCCCGGAAGAUUUCACCGAAUUCAAAACGAUUCGUGUCAAUAAUCGAAAAACGAUUCAAAAAUCUGAGGAGCAGCCGAAUUCUCAGCUAUACUAUGAGGUUGUACCGAAGGAUUGUGCCGAGGCUCCGUUCUGUAUGAUUGAGAUUUGUGAUUUUUGGCCAGAUGCCAAGAUUCCAGCCAUCUUACAGUCGGUUAGAAUCGCUGGGACAGCUGCAAGCGUUUUUGAGACUGAUAUUGAUGCCGAUGCGUCGUGUGCAAUUAUGAGCAAUUACGGUGCCGGUAGACCAGGAUCGUUUCUGGUUGGAGCAUUGGCAAUUGAGAAGCUGAGAAAUGGAGAUGACAUCGCUAUCCUUGUCCGUUCCCAGCGUCCUGGUGCAAUUGAGACGUUUUCUCAAUACAUGUCCACUUACAUAAUUGCACUGUAUUACGGUCAAAAACAUGUGAAAGAUGGGGAAUUGAAAUCUAAGUUAAGCAAUUUGAUUUCUCAAUUGGAGACAUUUGCGACGUCGAGUAUGAAGGAGGAGGAGGAUGAUGAUGACUCGGCCGGCACCACCACCGGCAGCAACACUUGUGAUUGA